UGUGCAAAUGUCACAAAAAAAAAAUUAAGAUUUCCCAACCAAGUAAAUAUUCAAUUUACAGACUUUGAGUUUUAACGUACCAAAAAUAUUCAUACAGAUCAUCAUAGUUGGACCAAUCUGAGUGAGCGGCCUUGCCAGUGGCAUUCUUACUUGCUUUCCAAUUCAUGGAAAAGAGAACUAUGGAGUAUAGAAGGUCAAGAUUAUUAAGAUGUCAUAAACCUAUCAUUUAAACAUUUACCUUUUCAGCAGAAAGGCCUCAUCAUCUCCACCGUAAGAAGGCUUGAUAUUUUCUCCAGUAACGAUGCUGACAUUUCCAGCCAGAAGACCAUGGAGUUCAUAAGCCAUCUGAGAAUAAAAAGCAGGUAAAUAUUGAUGAAUUCUUGUGUUUGACUAAUCAUAUCAGCUAAAAAGGAUUUAAAAACCCAUAUACAGUAUCUUCUCCUGUUGUAUAUCUUCAGCACCUUGAGAAAGCCUUCGCAUAAAUUAAAUGAGUGAAUUUUUAUUAAGAGUAUAAACAUCAUUCAAAAAAGUGUCUCAUUCAAGCCAUUUGUGAAAAUAAAAUGUUGCCUGGUACCUUAAACUAUGUUUACGUCCUAAAAAUUUGCACCAGUUCUUGUAGUUCUUAAAGAACUUUGUCUUGACGGCAUCAACGGCUCUAUCGUCGAGCUGCAUCGAUACAUUAAUUAACACAAAACUCCAUUGCUUAAAAGUGUUAACAGAUAAAUAUGUAUCUUUUUAUUGAUGGAAUAUUGGGACAAUGCUGUGGUGUUUUACUCAUCAGUAGUGUCAGUGGGUCUAGGUGAGUGCAGGGAAGUAUCGAAGGUACCUUAUUCAGAAACUCUGGCCUGGGAGUCAACCUUAUAUGAUUAUCAGCAAGUAAACAAACCAGAUACUCCCUUUGGUUCCUGACAUUGUCUCUCUGUUAAAAUCAAAGAAAUAAUAAGUAGGAAAUAUAGUUCACAGGUUCAACAUAAAUUCAUUAGGUCGUCUUGCGUUGCCAAGGUAACUAAAAUUAUUACAGGUGAAGGAGCAAAAAAGACUAAAGAAUACAAAUCCUACCCUAGCAUCAGCGUUGCCAAGGUAUCUGAAAUUAUUACAUGUGCAAAGGAGAAAAAUUACCUUUUCGUUUUUAGCAGGAGCUUUUGAAGAUUUGCCAUAUACAUUUUAUUUUCUUGAAGAAAGCUAAGUCUUUUAGUUUCAUCUUUCAAUGACUGCAGAAUAGGAAGAAAAAUAUUCAACUUAUACGCUUCCUAGCAAAAAGCUACAUUCAUUAAGAUGUUGUGUAUAUACCUCUUAAUUAUUUCCUUGUCUGGUAAGAUAUUUCUUUUAUUCAGUCUCAAACUCAAAAUCGAUCUCCUGCAUACAAAUAUAAAGAACAGUUCUCAGUUUUUCUGAAACCCACAAACCAAUAGAGUGUUUUGAGAUUCUAAACUAACAAAGGUACUACGUGCUGAUUAGGCUGGUACCCUAUGAAGCGACCUCCAGCUUGAUCCUAGCAGCUCUAAGCCAAUAAAGGUCCCACCUUUUGCAAUGUUUUUGGCCUCCCAGAAAUGGAUUUUGGUCCGAGCGAAACUUUGGAGGCAGGAGACUUACCGGUGGAUUAUGUGGUCGUAAUUGUAGCUUCGUUAGUGAUAGUUUUCGAUUUGGGCUUGAUUCAGGGUUUAGAUGAAGCGGCUUAUAUCGUAGGAGAAUCAACGGGAGAUGGAACAAAACCAUGAAGAAGAGAUUAAAUAGCAACUUUGAUUGAUGAGGAGGGUUUCGCAGUAACGGUGAUUGCUAGAGAACGGAGAUGGUGAAGAAGAAUGAAGAGUCAGAUGGACACAGCUGCGUGACAUGUCAAAAUAUAACCUUUUGAUUGGAUGAAUUUUUAAUCCGACGUGGCACAUCUUAGAAGCCUUCAUAUAUCCCUUUUAAUAUAGUAUAGAUAUUCGUAAAAAUAUAUUCUGUUUUUUUUUGUUUAUAUGAACUACUUGUAAUUUCACUAAACUUUUGGGUUAGUUUUACAUUUAAUUCAAGUUGGGAUAUAUCUUUGUGUUUAAAACCAAGUUUUGGGUCAUAUUUGGCAAUUUACCGAUUAACAAAAGGACGGUUUGUUUUCUCCUCAUACUGAAACAUGAAUCUCUUGUUCUAUUUUUGUCUACUUGCAUUAAGAAACUUAUUUCUACACUUGUUUUUAAAAGUAUUAUCCUGACCAAUGUUUAAAGGAUUUUUUUAGAAUACAAAAGAAUUUGGCAAGUUGGAUUCUGGAUCUUAAAUUCCAUAGUGUUCUCCUGGACAAGUAUUUGCUAAUUCUAGAUUUGAUUUAUAAAAAUCAACAGCAAAGGGGGAACUCAGUUUCACCAUUAUAGGAAAAUUCUAAAAAAUGAUGCUCGAAUCCUAUUGGAUUCAUUUCAGUUAAGACAUUAUGAAACUUGAUAACUGAGUCAUGAUAAUUUGAUCAUCUACUAUAACCACUUCCAAGAUAAUAGUACUGUCUUACAAAAUUGAAGUCAUAUAGUCUUAGAAAGAAAGUGACCGACAUUUUAAAAAUCCCCAGGAGCUUCUAUGUUUUACUAUGAUCCAUUUAGGUCUUUAUAAUUAAUCAACAUUCGAUCAUGUCCAUUUUCGUUAUUUCUUAGUUGAACUAAUAACAUUUUAAGGAAAAAAAAAUUGAACGAAGUAGUAUGUAAAAGGAUAUCGUAUGAACUAAUUUUGGAUGAUAUGAUGAAUGGAACAAAUUAGAUCCAACGGCUUAAUAAAAAAGGAGUGGAAACAUUGGACAAGCAUGGCAUAUGCAAUAACUAAAUGGUGGUCACAGUAUAAUCAUGCUAAGCACAUGAAUGCUCAUUAUUUGGUCUUUGCUUAUAUACUUAACAACACACCAGACGCCAAAAGAACGAAGGGUAAUCUAACUUAGCUCACUUUCGUCAAUUUAAAAUUGAAUUGGUUACAGUCGUAGUUUAUCUUAUAUAAAAAUUUCAUAACAAUCAUUAUAUACAUUGCUUUUUUUUUUAGUAUAUAGCUUCAUUAUUACUCUAAUCCAAAAUCCAUGAAUGUGGUUAGGUAAGCUUGUGGUUUAGUGUUACACUAUUUUGUUCUAAUGUUCUUUUGACUCAAACUUCCAUUUUUACACUUGUAUACAUUCAAUUAUUUUUCUUUCACUAUUUACCCAUGUUUAGAAUACCCAUAUAUUGGUGUGACAACAAUACUCAAUAAGGGUCUACAUAUAACAAAACACUUCUUAUUUAACUUUUAAGUACUGUAUCAGUGAUAGAGUACUAACCAAAAGAACUAGUGAAAUGAACUUUGUGACUUUGGCCCAUAUUGAAAUUAGCAAUGAAAAGGAAAACAAAGAAGAGAAAAUGAAUUAGGUAAAACCUUAAACAAGAGGAGUUCAUUUCUUUCCACUUAAGAAAAGUAACAAGGAAGGAAAGAAAACCUUUUGCAAACAAAAAAUGGUGGAACCUUUUUAAAAAUUAUACAUGAACUCUUUUUUUAUUUUUUUUCUUCAACGAUUAGAAAAUUUAAUCGUAAACACAACUAUGUCUUAUAACAUAUUAGUACUAAUUCCUAUAAACAACUUUCCAGGCUAUUAAGUAUAUCGAUAUAUAAUGAACUUGUGAUAUAGAUUUUGUGAAACAAAACUUGUGAUACAAGAAGCUUGUCUCUUGAGUUCUUUUGAAAAAAAGAAUCUUUUGUUGAAUUCCUUUGAUACAUGAUUAUAUUAUGAAAGUAUUAUAUAUGCUAUAUAUUUUAGGUACGCAAAUAUAUAAGAUUCCACAUAGUUUAGAAUACUUACAUUUUUGUUAAAUCUUAUAUAGUUAAAAAUGUAAAUAGUAAAACUAUCCAUUAUCUCUUUUUUUUUCAUACGACACACCAGACGUUACAGUAAAAGAGUGGAGUUUUUUUUGUUUGCUUAAAUUUGGAAAAAGGAACGAAGUUUAGCUUCAGAAGUUAUAUUGCAAAAAUAAUAAGAAUCACACUAUCAUCAUCAUACGAUGUUUUGUGGGGACAACAAUGAUUUAAAUAAAUCUUCAAAAAAAAAAAAAAAAAAAACAAUGAUUUAAAUAAAAUAAGAAAUAAACAUUUUUCCCUUUGGGUUACCAUAAUAAUAAGCAUAUAGUUGAAAUUUGAAAAGUGGAAAAUUCAAAUUCGUUUUUUCUCCUCUGUUCUCUUGUGAAAGUUUCAAAUUCAAAAACAUUUUCUUAGAGAAAGAAACCUCCCCCCGAAUUGUUUCUCUUCGGUUGCUACUCCGACGAGAUUUCUCCAUUUCCGGUGAGGAUUCUUACACUCUCCAGCCUGGUUUUACUCCAAACUACGUGCGGAUCGUUGCUUUUGAUCUGGCCGACAGUCACAGAAGAAUUUUCUCGGGCUUGAUCACUUAAGCUUGGAUCGUUGCUUUUGAUCUCGGAGGAUCAUUUCUCUCGAUUUCCAGAAUAAAAGGGGAGGCAUUAGCUGCUGAAUCAAAUCAAUGCAAGCUUGUACUUGUUAUAGCUUGAAUGGAAGUUCUAUAUGGUUCUAAGAGAGCAGCAAUGGCCAAGAAGCUACAGCAAUCUGUCACCGAUACUACAAGACCGCCUCUUGUUCCAGCGGAGAAGAACAAUGCAGUCUCUGCCACGCGCCGGUCUAAAACAAUGGAGGUCAGUUCAAGAUACAGAUCACCUACUCCCACUAAAACUCGAAGAUGUCCUUCACCUAAUGUCACUAGGACUGUGUCAUCAACCUCUCAGCCUUUAUCGAAAAGAGCUGUUUCAGCAGAAAGGAAACGCUCUUCAACGCCAACUACUCCCACGAACCCGUCAACACCGGUUAGUGAUGUAUCUAUAGAUUUACCUGUUUCUUCUAAGAAACUAUCUACCGGUCGUGUACCUGAAGGGUUAUGGCCUUCUACUAUGAGGAGUCUCAGCGUUUCAUUUCAGUCUGAUUCAGUCUCAGUUCCUGUUGUUAAGAAGGAGAAACCGUUUGUUACUUCUUCUAUUGACCGCACAUUGAGACCGUCUUCAACGUCUGUCUCAAGGAAACAUACGCCUGAGAGGAAGAGAAGUCCACUAAAGGGUAAGAAUGUGUAUGUAACUCAAUCAGAGAAUGGUCCUCAGAGUAGGUUAAUAGAACAGCAUCGGUGGCCUAGUAGAAUGUCUAUGAACAGAAGCUUGGAUCUUGGUGAUAAAGUGGUUAGGACAACGUCUCUGUCUUUGUCCAACAAAAGCUCAAAACCUUUGCAGAAAGCUUCCACCGACACGGCCAAGUUGUUGUCAUGUUAUGAAAAUAGUGGACUAGUAAUGUCUCCAACAAACUCAGAAGAUGGUAAUAGUUCAUUAGAUAGAGCAGCUUCAGCUAGAGUGCACCCAUUGUCUGCUCCUGGAUCACGCGCUGCUUCUCCAAGCAGAUCCUCAUUUUCAUCAUCAUCAUCCUCCUCCUCCUCUCAUUCUCGAGGGAUGAGUCCUUUGAGAGGCGCGAAUCUCUCUUGUUUGAGAUCGUCUACACCGCCACCAAGAGGUGUAAGUCCUUCCCGGUUAAGACAAACCAACGCGUCUACAAGCAGCCCAACCUCGGUUCUCAGUUUCAUGGCUGAUGUAAAGAAAGGAAAAAAGGCAAGUUACAUAGAAGAUGUUCAUCAACUGCGCUUGCUAUAUAAUAGAUAUUCACAAUGGCGGUUUGCAAAUGCUCGAGCUGAGGGAGUCAGAUACAUUCAAAGGUUAAUCGCAGAGGAGACUCUAUACAAUGUCUGGCAUGCAACAUCAGAACUAAGAGAUCAUGUGACAAGUCAAAGAAUCUACCUCCAACAGUUGAAGCUAGAAAUCAAGAUUGAAGAUAUCUUAAGUAAACAGAUGAGUUGCCUUGAAGAUUGGGACAUACUUGAGAGAGAACACAUUAGUUCUGUAGCUGGUGCCAUAGCAGACUUGGAAGCAAAUACUCUCCGCCUUCCACUAGCCGGAGGAACAAAGGUGGACCUGGGAUCUCUGAAGUUGGCUAUGUCCUCAGCACUUGAUGUUAUGCAGACUAUGGGAUCAUCGAUCUGCUCUUUACACUCACAGAUGGAAGAGAUGAAUAAGCUUGUUUCAGAUCUCGCUGUUAUAGCUACAAAAGAAAAAUAUAUGCUUGGUAAAUGUGAAAAUCUAUUGGCAUCAACUGCAGUCUUGGAGAUAGAAGAGAGUAGCCUCAUGACUCAUUUGCUGCAAAAGAAGCAAGAAGAAGUAAGAGAUGAUGCAGUGCCAUUGCUGCCAUUGACUAAGCAAGUGCUUAUGGACGUAACAAACACACUUCGAGUUUCCACGGCCAACUCUUAAAAACUAAUUGUAAAUUGCAUGUUUUUGACUAGCAUUACUUCUGCCAACACUAGUAUUGAUUAGGUUGCGUUGUAGCAUUGCCUGUUAUAAAGAAAAACAAAGAAUUGUGUAUCGACUAAGGUGGUAAGUUACACAAAAAAAUGAUUCAAGGCAA